AUGGCUUUCCUCGAGGACCCCCGUCUCCGCCAGCGCUGGAAUCAGAUCUCUCACAAUGCCGAAACAGUCACCGAGACCGCUGCUGAGGGCAUCUGGACCUUCCAGCACCGCUACAUCAAUCCCUGUCUUGGCGCAGUCGGCAACACCAUCGAGUCGUGCGCCGCGCCUUGUCUCGGCGACCGCGAGGACCGCGCACGGCGCGCACGAGCACGAGGGCGCGACCACGGCGCCAGGGCCGAGUACACGUUUGAUUUCUACGACGACUGGGACGACGAUGACGAGGCACUAGCAAGAGGAGGAGGAGGAAGCGGGAUCCUAGGCGGCUGGGCCGGCGGGGGGAGUUCCAGGGGCGAUGAUUGGGAUCGCCUAAUCGGCGGCACCAGCGCAGCCUCCAGGAAGGGCAGUCUCGGGCCAGAGGUGGUGGAUCAACCACGGCGCAAGAGGGGAAUGAGUUACGGGACAAGAGGCGCCAGGAGGAAAACCAACGACGAGGAGGACCCGACGAUUAUACCCAGCACUGCGCCCCUCGGGUUCCUGGGGAGACUUCCAUGGAAGAUCGGAGGCACACUACGAUAUAAGCCCAGCGCGGCAUUCUUGCAAGACCACCCAGGGGCCGCAACGCAUCCGGACGAGAACCAGCCGUUGCUGGACUCCGACGGUGAUGAGGACAUCCAUCCUGUGGUGACUGCACAAAUGAGGAAACGAAGUGGGACGGCAGGCUCCGGCGACACGUCGGAUUCGUAUAGGUCCAGAGGAGACCUAUUUCCCAGUGAUGGCGAAGGGGAGGAAGACGCGAUCCCGCUCGACGACGAGUUUGCGAUGAACCUGAAUAGGGUGGACGACCGAGCCAGCAACAGGACAAGGAGUAGCAAGGGCAAGAGGCCAGCAUCAAGAAACGUUUCCGGGACGACACUAUCGUCCAGCACAUCAAACUCUUCGCUCAGAGCUAGGAAGAGCUCACACGGCUCCAUGCAGACUAUGGAGAACUCGAUCCACUCCAUCGUCGAGGCGUCAUUAGAGGAUCUUCAACGCGAAGAGGAGGAAGCUGAGAUGCAAGAGGACCAAGAAGUUGCCCGCAAGAGGGAAUUGGCGGCACAGCUGGCCCGACAGCGAGGGCUAUCAGCGAGCGAGACCUUCGACACCGGCGAGUCGGAGGCCCGGGCCAAGAGCUCGAUUCUUCACGUGGAGGAGAUACCGGAACCGCAAAGCCCGCGGGCAACGCAGGGUACCGAACAGGAUCCUGAAGAGACGGAGCCUGGUGCACCACCAGGGGCACAAGACAUGCGAGGCCGAUCGCACGACACAACACCGGAUGAAAGCCUGGCCCAGCAAGGAGGCCGGGCCGCUGAUGAUUUCGUGCCUGCGCGACUACCAAGUUUUCGGUGA